AUGCGGUCGCCCUUUAGUGACGACGAGGACGAAGACUAUGCGCCGUCGAUAACGUCGAUGGAAGAGGAGGAGGAGGAGGAGGAGGCGGAGUCGUCUUCGGCCACGAGCUCAAUGGAUACCGAAGACUCGGACCCGGAGGAGGAGCAGGACAUGGACGUCGAGCCGCAGGACACUGCGGACGUAGCAGACGACGCAGAAGAAAGUGAGGACGCGGACGAGAUGGUGCAAGCAUUUCACGACACGAAUUUGGACAACCUGGGCAAUACGAACCAUGAUGGCGCAAAGCAGGGAGUCGAGCAUACACUGGGGGGACGCGACAGAGAUGCGGCAAAACCGGUGUUUUACGCGUGGGGAGACUUGCAAGCAGCUUUUCAAGACGCUGCAUACACGAGACGCAGCAGCAGCGUGUCGACGACAAAAAUGGCGGAUGGGUUCCCGCAGCCGCAGAACGCGGGAGGUGGAGCCGUGCGGGAUGAACAGCAAACAGGAAAGCGGUUCGAAACGAGUGGUACAACGAGCAGUGGUGGUGGCUUGGAGAAGGGGGAAUGGCGCGCCAAAGCAGCUUUUGCUCUUGGAGUGGCGGGGAAGAAGGAGAUGCCGACACGUCGACGACACUCGUUAUCAGGCGCAACAGCUCGGCACCAUGGGACUGGUGCGAUCCCGAAGUGCUCGACGGUACUUCAUAGAGAACAGCAUCAGAGCACAGGGCAUUGUCCGACUACCGCGGGUGCAACCGAGCAUUUGGCAGCAACUAUAAAGAUGAAGACAGCAAAGACGUCGUUGGUAGGUGAUGAACCAAUCUCGAACGUUUCGGUGCCACAAGUGGAGAAAGCAGAUUUUACAUUUGGAGCGCAGCAGGCGCAAGUGCAAACGCCAGAUUUUACGUUUGGAAAACAUGCACCGACGGAGUACGGGAAGGCAGAGACUGCAAACGGAGAAGAGGCUUGUGACGAUACGUACAUGAACUGUUCAAGAUCACGGUGUUCUGCUACGGCACCGUUUAAUGCGGGGAAUAGCGCUUCUACGCUUGAAAAGCGUGACAACCCUAUGGAGGCUUUUGAUACUAGUGGAACUGAUGACAUUGGGCUGGCCAAAGUUGCUGCGCAAAUGCCGAGUAAGCCCGACAUUGGAUGUAGCGCUUUUGUGGGCAACAAAAGCCCACGCAGUGAAUCUACAAGCGAGGCCCCGGCAAGCAGCAAGUUUUUGUUUGGACAAGCGUACAAGAACCACAAACCAGGUUUCUUUGCUGGACGCAAGCGUAGCGAGUUGUUUCACUCCACCGAGUCAGCGACAUCUGCCUCUUACAGCGCAGCAUCGACGAGAGCGUCAGAAGAUCUAAAGGGGGCAAACGGUCUUGCCGGUGACUUCAAGAUCGGUAAGACUGGCGUCAGUGGCGAGUUUAUAGCACCUCCUACUUCCUUUGCUACUGGGGUUGCAGGACCAAGCAUGUUUCGUCGCAAUGUGCCCCGGCGGAGAAAGUCUAGCCCGAGUAGACCGUUCCCGUUUGGCUGUCCGACAAGCUCCCAAUUCGUAGCCUCAACCUCCUGUUCCAAUUCUGCACCGUCAUGGACAACAACAGCCUUUUCUCAACGACAUGAUUCAGCAUGUGCGUAUGACAGCACGCACCACAGUACAGCGCAAGGCAAAAGCACGACACCAGCUACUUUUUCUGGCAAUCAAUUUGCCGCAAACAAGAACGUAGAUGCUAAGAUGGCUCCGAAGACAUUCUCAAACCCUGAACCAUCUUCAUCUGGGGCGAACGAAGGUUUCGGCUCAGUCUUCUCUGAACGCGCUGAAUGCAGCACAGCUACUUCAUGCAUUCCACCUGGAUCGGGAGAAACAGAGACUAGCUCGCAGUCACGAGGACCCAAUUUUCGCUUCACGGAGCAGCAAGCCAAAAGUAUGUCAGCUCCAACUAUUGGCUGUGGUUUCCAGAUUGGUAGUGUGGACGUGCGAAGGAAAACGCGUGUGCGGCCCAGGAAAAGCGGAAUGUUUGCUCGCAAGCACAGUCCGCGGAAGGAUGCGAAAGUAGGUGCUACCGAGCCUAUGCGGUCCUCCAGCUUUUUCGGUUCGUUCUCAGCAUCGCCGUUUUCUGUCCGUGAUAAUCAUGGGUAUGCUCAAAAGGAUGCCUACCAAAGAAAGUCUGGACAUAGCUUCCUGGCCGAUCCGCUCGCUGCACGCAACUAUCAGAACCUGUCGUCUGCAUCGCCAUUCGUACCAUUAGAUGGAAAGCGCAGCCCUUGUACUGAUAAGGCUACAGUAGCGACAGAAUUUGCUUCUGCUGCUACAUCCACGGCUGGCAGUGUUAAUGGUGAAACAACUCAGCAACAGGGCAAGACGUGCGACACAAAUGUGUCUUCUUCGGUCUUACAAAAAGACAAACCUAGUGCUUCGCAGCUUCCAAGUGCGGCUCAUCAAUCAGUUUUUCAGCAAAACAAACCAGGCAAUUGUCUGAAGACCCAGCAAACUUCCAAUGGCGCGACGUGCCCCGCUUAUGCUGGAUCACGUCGAAUCCUUCGUGCCGCCGUUCGGAACAUUGGAGUCCGCAAAGAGCGUGCGCGUUCAGCUCCAGUUUCGUCUGGCAAUCGACCCGAGGAGGGUGACGCGGAAAUGGGUAGCGAAGAUGAGCUUGACUGGCGUGAAAUGAAGCGACUUGGCGGUAUUGCUUAUUGCUCAAAAAAGUACGGAGAAGCAGUCGAGUACUACCGCCAGAGCAUUGAGCUACUCGACUCACUUCUUUAUCGUGGUGCAGACACCUAUACGAUCGAAGUGAGAACCGAUAAGGCGAGGCUUCACGCAAAUCGGGCGGCGUCACUUAUGAUGAUGAUGCAGAUCGCUGAAGCUCAGCGUGAAUGCCAGCGAUCGAUUGAAGUGGACGCGACGUAUGCACGCGCAUACCUCCGGCUUAGCCGUAUUCAAGUUUUACUGGGUGAUACUGCAAACGCGAAGGCAAACAUUGAUACUGCAAGGCAGCUGAUGGAAAAGCAAGAUGACCAAGUCAGUAGCUGUGACCAUAUUGAUCGCGUGUCCGUUCUCAAGACGGAAGCAGCAAUUAAGAAAUUGACGAUGCUGCAAAGCGAGAUCAAGUCGAAUAUCGCGUGUGGAUACUAUAAGCAAGCUCUUAUGCACACCGAAAGCGCUUUGGUACUUGCGCCGAAGAGCCGAAAGCUGCAGGUAGAAAAGGCCCGUAUUUUUCUUCACCGAAGGCAACUAGAUCAUAUUAGCAAGUUUUGUACUUCGGUUGUCGAAAAACAGCAAGCAAAUUCAAGAAAGUCGCAGAAUCCGGCGAGCAGAGGUGGGAUAAGCACAAAGUCGCUAAAGGACGAAGCUGUGGACAUGGUCACUAUCCUGGGUAUUGAUCUGGGACUGUUGUGGGCAACUUCGCUGCACUACCAAAACAAAGUCGAAGACGCAAGUCGGAUACUCGACGCGUUGGAAGUUGUAGCACCUUGCAGCUCGCACGUGAUAAAAUUGAAACGGCAGUGGCAAGAUAUGGAGCAGCUUAAACGCGACGGGAAUGCACGGUAUAAAGAAGGCCAGUACCAGGAGGCUGUACGGCACUACUCGGAAGCAUUGCUUAUUGACCCGCAACACCACGAGUACUGCGCAGUUCUUUACUGCAAUCGUUCAGCAGCCCAAAUGGGACUACAGCGGUAUCACACUGCGCUCCUCGAUUGCAAUGAAGCAUUGCAACGGAAGCCAAAAUUCUUCCGUGCCAUGCUCCGUCGAGCACGGUGCCAUGAUAGAUUGAAGAUGCACCAUGAAGCAGUGAAAGACUACGACAAUUACUUGCGCGAGCAAUCAAGCGACAUUCCUGUUAGUGAAACAGCCAAUGUUGCUCGAGAGCGUGACGAGGCAAAGGCAGCUAUUGCCAAAGCCCGAGAAGAAGCCAGACAGCGAGAGGCGGCAAAGAAGCGUGCAGAACGUCAACAACGGCAGCAACGCCCACCUUGCUGGGAAGAUGCAUCGCAGAAUAAAAGCCGACCUUACGACAGGACAGCGACGAGCGACCAAAUCAAGAAGUCGUACCGCAAACUGGCGCUCUCGUAUCAUCCAGAUAAAUCAAGUGCGUUGUCACACAUUGAAUUGUUCAAGGAGAUGACAGCCGCAUACAACGUGCUUUCCGACAAAAGCACUCGGGAUAAGUAUGAUCGAGAGUUGAUUUACAACAAAUUCAGUGCCUUUUAA